AUGGGAGCCCGCACCACAACAGCACCAGUCACAGAGCCCUUCAAACAUCAAAUUAGCCACUACGAGACCAUCGUCAGAAUGCCUUUCGACUAUGUAGCCGCAUCGCCAAGCAAGGGUAUAAGAGAAAAACUCAUCACAGCCUUUAAUGCUUGGUUUGCAGUACCAUCAUCAACCCUUGAUCACAUCACGACAGCUAUCGGUAUCCUUCACACGGCCUCACUACUGAUCGACGAUAUACAAGAUGACUCCCCACUUCGUCGAGGCAAUCCAGCUGCACACACGAUUUAUGGAACACCACAAACGAUUAACAGUGCCAACUACAUGUAUUUUGCGGCACUGAAAGAGCUCCAAAGUUUUAGAAAUCCCCAAGUUCUAAACAUCUUCACCGAAGAACUCCUACAACUGCAUCUCGGUCAGGGCAUGGAUCUCUACUGGCGCGACAUGCUCCGGUGCCCCACAGAAGCGGAGUACUUCGACAUGGCCAGCAAGAAAACUGGUGGCCUCUUUCGCCUUGCCAUUCGGCUCAUGCAAGCCGAGUCUACUAGGCCGGUCCUCGAAGGCUGCAUUCCCCUCGUGGAAAACCUCGGCCUCUUGUUCCAGAUCCGCGAUGACUAUCAGAACCUGGUAUCUAGCGAAUAUCGCGAUCAAAAGGGAUCCUGCGAGGAUCUCACCGAAGGGAAGUUUUCGUACCCCGUCAUACAUAGCAUCCAGUCCAAUAAGGCGAAUCCACACCUCUUCCAAAUACUGAAGCUCAAGAGUACCAGUGAUGGGGUGAAGAAGGUAGCGCUAGACUACAUAGAGAGCACCGGCAGUCUGAAGCAUACGAGAGACCUCAUAUUGACACAUAUUUGCCGUGCAAGGACUUUGGUUGACGAUCUCGGAGCUGCAACAGGGGGGGUCUUGGAGACGAAAGGACUACAUGUGGUGCUGAACAGGCUAGCUGAUGGAUUGUAA